AUGCGCCGCCGCCGCGCGCCAAGCCCCGGUGCGUCGUGCCAAGCCCAGUCACGUCUCCCGCCGCUGUUCGCGCAUCGCGACACCCGCAUCAUCUCCAAGUCAACUGCUCCACCAUGCGGAAGCCCAUAUAGCGCGCCGCCGCCCCCGUCGCCCGGUAUGAGCUAUUACCACCAGGGUCACCCGCCUCCGCCCGGCGGCUAUGCGCCCCCGCGGCCUGCGCAGCAUGGCCACCAGCAACAGCCUGGAAGCUACCCGCAGAUGCACGCCUCGCCCACACCCGCGCCAGUCGCUGGCUCACCGGGCGCCUACCUCGCUGCACAGCAGCACCACCCGCCGCCGCCAUUCGCUGCUGCCCUCUCGACUCCGCAGCCCCAGCGCUACCAGGCUCAACCCAUGGUCAUGAUUCCGCAACGGUCCCCUCAGCAGCAUAUGAUGCAGCAGCCGCACCCGUCGCAACCGCCGCCGCUGCAGCAAUACCAACGCUACCCGUCGAUGCCUGCGCAAUUCCCUCCACAACACUCGUCGCCGCCUUACCAAGCACCGCGCCCUCAGCAGCCUCAACACUCACGUCCAAGUCACAACCCCGUCCCUCGUGCUGCCCAGGCCGCCUCGCCUCCGCGACAGCCGAUAGUACAGGUUCAGAUACCACGUCCGCCACCAGCCUCACCGCCUCCCAUAGACCAGCAACAACUCCUUAUCUCGCUCGCCGAUGAGUACGUCACUGCUGCUUAUGCUAUGGGGCCUACGGUGGCUCUUUCGCGACGACAAUCGGACGAGGACAGAUACUACAAACUCAUGUCGACCGGUCUGGGCUGCUUAGAAGCUGUAAUCAAACACCACCGUAUGCAUCCGCGCCAAGAGGCCAUGACCAUCUUAAGAUAUGCUACGCUGCUGCACGACGAGACGGAUAACGCCUAUGAGACUGAAGAAAUGCUGAGCAAGGGCAUUACUCUGUGUGACAGACAUCACAUGUUGGAUUUGAAGUACACUAUGCACCACCUCCUCGCCCGCUCUCUGUUCACUUCAAACCACGCCGCUGCCAUGAAGUCAAUUGACGGCGUGAUUCGCUACGCUGAAAUGUACCAGCAUGUUCCGUGGAUUUACGCUUUCCGAUUCCUGCGUGCAUCCCUCUGUAUGCAGUCCGCAACACAUGCCGAUCUGACUGCAGCUAUGCAUACCUUACACGAAGUCUCGGGCUUGUCGGGAAAGUUGGGCGACCAGGCCAUUUACGUCGCUAGCACCACCAUUCUGGCUAUGGUGUAUCUGCGCCUCAUGAACCCCGACAGCAUCGAACAAGCUCAGCGUUCCAUUGCGUCUGCAAGAAGUCUUCAAUUGCAAUUCACCAUGGACGAGCUUGGCCAGAUUGUGGCUCUGCUUGACCUCAUCGAUCUCGCAUGCAACCUACAAAGCUACAAGCCUGACCAAGCGGUUGCCAAAAUGCGCGACCUGCAAGCUAUCAUGGACAGUGCCGUGAAUGGAGACGACAGCAUGGACGAUGGCAUGUUUUCUGUGCUUGUUCACCGACCCCCCAAUUUGCAGCUUACCGGCUCGACUGGUGGCAUUUUCCAAAGAAACGAGGAUGGCAGAGAUCGGCUGUCUCUGGCGUGGAUGAGAAGGAGAGACCUGUGGAUGCUGGGAUACUACCUAAGUGGAGUGACAGCCCUGCUGAAGAAUCCCAUUGAGAACAAGGCUGAGAGUUAUCUCAAAGAAGGCCUUAAGCUCACCAAGGAAACCCUUGCCGUUCCCGACCGCAACCCCAUGUCGAUACGUGGCGCAUCAGCUCGCACAGAGUGGCAUCGUGCUUUGGACUGGCACUUCCGUCUUUACCAAUGCUUCAUGGCGUGUAACAAGGCGGAUUGGAAGACAGCACGAACGCACCUCGCUGCUCUUGAUCAAGCGGCACCCAUGUUUUCGGAAGACCGCAGGCCUUCGAUGACGCGCUUUGCCAUCUAUCUCAACGGAGUAAUAGAGCAAGGAUACGGGAACACGCAGGCGGCACUCGGCCACUUCCGCAUGCUCCGGGCGACGAACAUGUCAGCCACGCAGCAUACAGCGCAGUCAGAUCUCAGCAAUCUGGCCAUCAUGAAUACCUUGUUGAUAAUCCGUUCCCCGACGCACCCAAUGCACUCGGAAGCAGAGGAUCUGUUGCAGAAGAUCGAGGCGCCGUGCCUGACACAUCCCAACUUUUCGAUGAGGUCAGCAUGCCAGUUGUUGAAGGCCACGACAAAGGGUAAGGAUACGUCGAUUAUCAAGAUGAAGCAGUGCAUCCAGCACGCACUUCACGCGGCCAAGGCAGUGGCAAACAACCAACUUCUUGCCAUCUGCAUGAACUACAUGACGGCAGCCUUCUUCACCAACAUCAUCGGUGAGCAGACGGAGAAGAGCGCCAAGGCAGGGAGAGUUCUUGCGAAGAGAGCUGGAGACCGGCUUUGGCAGUGUGUAGCGGACAGCAUGUUGGCUGACACGUACGACAAGCGAGGAGAUGCGGCACAAGCUUCUCAGCCACGGCAGGAAGCAGAGGCUCUGUUGCCGUAUCUUCCUGCGCCGCUGAGAGAGGCGCAAUAG